CCGACCAUUUUCUGAGCAUCCACGCCGAGACUGACCCUUGAUUUCAGGGAAGACGGAUAACGCCUUUAGACCCCUCCUCCAGACCGGAUUCCGCGUUCCAUGGUCGAUCACCCCCACCCUUCACUCUUUCCCCGGCCAUUUCAGAAGACGUCAAGGGUAACAUUACUAGUCCUGAUCCCUCUUAUCCCUCUCAAGCGGAUUUCGAUGCCAACUUCCAGAGACCUUCAGAUAUGUUGGACCUUUUUUCCGCAAGAGAAUCAGGUCCACUUAAAGUGGAGGGGGGAGAUGCAACAACAUCGCAGUCCUCCCAUGACAUAUCUCAUCAAAUGUCCCAUAGCAUGCCCUCGAAUCCACGUUUCACAGCACUUGCCCAACCUACGAUUGCUCACCCUCAUUCCGAAGAGUCGCUAUCUACCGGAUCCGAUCCCCACUUCUACGCGUUUGAGGGCGGAAAUGAGUGCAAACCGGCGUCGGGAAUGCUUUUUAAUCCCAACGUGGAGAAAUUUGUCAAUCCUGCGCAUAUUGUGACUGGCAACGCGGAUAUUCCUAAUGCGCAAUAUGCGCGGAGCCCGUCCAGCGAAGAACUGAGAUCACCCGGUUCCACCGCAUCCCCUGAACCACUCCCGGUGAAUGGUUUUCCAACCCCAGGAAGUGCCGCAUUCACGCAAUCUCCCCGACGUCCCAUCGCCCCCUCGAAAAGGGCCCCAGAUAAUAAGGGCAAGGCUAGAGGGACAGCUGGUUCUAUUUCUCGCUUAAUUCCUGGUGGAGCCUCCGCUGUUGGCACGCGGAGAGCUGAUUCGACCUCAGGUAUUGAAGCUCCUGGCCCCAGCUCUGGCCCAGGCAGCGCAUCGAACGAGGAAGGGGAGAGUCCUCCCACAGUUUGCACCAAUUGCGAGACUAUGACCACGCCUUUAUGGCGUCGAGACCAAGACGGCCAGCCUUUAUGCAAUGCUUGCGGUUUGUACUAUAAAUUGCAUGGCGUUGACCGACCGAUAUCCCUACGAACGGAUCUUAUAAAGAAGAGGAACCGGCCGCAUGGCUCAGGGGCUCAUGGAGCCGCCCCCCGCAAAGGCUCACUUCCAACCCAAACCUCGGCUACCAACAAAUUGACCACAUCCGUUACUAAACCCCGAUCCUCAACCAUCAGUUCAUUAUCUUCAAUGCCGAGUGCUGGUCGUCCUAUUGCCCCGUCAGGUACUCCUGACGCCAAGCGCCAGAGACGAGCGUCGGUCUCGACGUCUUUUGUCAUUGAUUCCCAACCCCCUAUAUAAAUUUCCUUUAUCCUCUUCUAACGUGAAACCGCCUUCCAGCAUCAUCCAACACUUAUAGAUUAUUCUACUUGUCGUAGUUUCUUUUGGAUCAUUGUCGCGAGGUGUUCCACUUGUGCGUCCUUAUUCUCAUGUUGUACAAUCGGAUUGCAAAAGCC